AUGAACACCACGAACAAGAACACCACAUACAAGAACACCACGUACAAGAACACCACGUACAAGAAAACAACGAACAAGAACACCACGAACAAGAACACCACGAACAAGAACACCACGAACAAGAACACCACGAACAAAAACACCACGAACAAGAACACCCCGAACAAAAACACCACGAACAAAAACACCACGAACAAUAACACCACGAACAAGAACACCACGAACAAGAACACCACGAACAAGAACACCACGAACAAGAACACGUACAAGAACACCACGAACAAGAACACCACGUACAAGAACACCACGAACAAGAACACCACGAACAAGAACAUCACGAACAAGAACGCCACGUACAAGAACACCACGAACAAGAACACCACGAACAAGAACACCACGAACAAGAACACCACGAACAAGAACACCACGUACAAGAACACCACGACCAUGAACACGAACAAGAACACCACGAACAAGAACACCACGUACAAGAACACUACGAACAAGAACACCAUGAACAAGAACACGAACAAGAACACCACGAACAAGAACACCACGAACAAGAACACCACGAACAAGAACACCACGAACAAGAACACCACGAACAAGAACACCACGAACAAGAACACGAACAAGAACACCACGAAUAAGAACACCACGAACAAAAACACCACGAACAAGAACACCACGAACAAGAACACCACGUACAAGAACACCACGAACAAGAACACCACGAACAUGAACACCACGAACAAGAACACCACGAACAAGAACACCACGAACAAGAACACCACGUACAAGAACACCACGUACAAGAACACCACGUACAAGAAAACAACGAACAAGAACACCACGAACAAGAACACCACGAACAAGAACACCACGUACAAGAACACCACGAAUAAGAACACCGCGAACAAGAACACCACGGACAAGAACACCACGGACAAGAACACCACGAACAAGAACACCACGAACAAGAACACGAACAAGAACACCACUAACAAGAACACCACGAACAAGAACACCACGAACAAGAACACCACGAACAAAAACACCACGAACAAGAACACCACGAACAAAAACACCACGAACAAAAACACCACGAACAAUAACACCACGAACAAGAACACCACGAACAAGAACACCACGUACAAGAACACCACGAACAAGAACACCACGACCAUGAACACCACGAACAAAAACACCACGAACAAUAACACCACGAACAAGAACACCACGUACAAGAACACCACGAACAAGAACACCACGAACAAGAACACCACGUACAAGAACACCACGUACAAGAACGCCACGUACAAGAAUACCACGAACAAGAACACCACGAACAAGAACACCACGAACAAGAACACCACGAACAAGAACACCGCGAACAAGAACACCACGUACAAGAACACCACGUACAAGAACACCACGAACAAGAACACCACGUACAAGAACACCACGUACAAGAACACCACGUACAAGAACACCACGAACAAGAACACCACGUACAAGAACACCACGUACAAGAACACCACGAACAAGAACACCGCGAACAAGAACACCACGAACAAGAACACCACGAACAAGAACACCACGAACAAGAACACCACGUACAAGAACACCACGAACAAGAACACCACGUACAAGAACACCACGUACAAGAACACCACGAACAAGAACACCACGUACAAGAACACCACGUACAAGAACACGUACAGGAACAACAGUAUCGCCAAGCCUUUACAACACGCUAGAAUCCGCUUCCAACUAUGGUUGUAUAUUUCUACAUAA